AUGACUGUCUGCAAGUCUAACUCUUUAUCCUGCUUGCAGGCUGCCAAGCCGGGCCCGCCGCCGCCGCCGCCACCACCGUAUAAUGAGGCAGCCGCAGACUCCACUGCCACACUGAACAAGCUGGCUCUGGCCACCGGAGGUGCAGAGAAGUCCUGGCACCGCUGCGUAUUCCCCUUCGGAGCUGUGGCCCUGGUGAUAGGUAUCGCUGCAACGUGCAUCACCUUCAAAUUCCGAGGUCCACACAUGGACAUAGCUAAGGCAGUGUCCGUGGCAGCUCUGGCUGCUGGGGCAGCAAUGCUGGUAGCUGCUUUUCUUUGCUGGAGGUCUCGGCGGGAGCGACAGAAGAGGAGAAGAGAGGAGGCAGAAGCAGAGGAGCAAGGGGGUCUGUGA